CUCAAAGACAUCCAUUACAGGUCAAGCUUUGACUGGAGACCGAAGCUAAAACUCACUACCUGGGGGAAUGAGGGUCAAGUAUCGAUCCAUAAACCACCGCAUGGACUUGCGAUCACUCAUAUUGUACAGGUGGUACUUCUCCAGACCCUGUCAAUGGGGGCUGAAUGUGGUCAUCACAGUGCUUCUGGCCCUGGCCUUCAUAGAGAAACCAACAUCCCUUACUGUGACCUCAGACCUGCGCUACAGACAGCAGAAAGCUACAUGGGAACCUCCUUGUGGCCUUACAGAGACCAUUGAGAUCACCUGCCUCGUCACGUUGAGUCUUGAUCUAAUUUUCAAGUUGUAUCUAAUUGGCCGAGAGGAAUUCCUGAAGUGUAAAUGGCUAAUAGGCAACAUGGUGGUCAUCACAGUGUCUAUUGCUGAUUGGAUGUUAUCCCUGGGUCUGGCUUGUGAUGGAACAAUGAGAAUUAGAAGAAUUUUGCGUCCAUUCUUCCUCCUUCAAAACUCAUCUUUAAUGAAGAAAACUUUGAAAUGCAUCAAGAGGACAGUACCUGAGAUUGCAAGUGUGAUGUUCCUUGUGGUUCUACAUGUGUUCCUGUUCACCAUGUUUGCUAUGCUGUUGUUUGUCCGGGGCGAGAACCCAGAAGAGAAUAAGGAAUGGGACUUCUAUUUUAGAAACUUUCCUCAGUCACUCACAUCACUGCUAGUCUUGCUGACCACUGCCAACAACCCAGACGUGAUGACGCCGGCGUAUUCCCUGAACAGAGCCUUCUCAGCUUUCUUCAUGCUCUUCAGUGGCUUCGGAACUUUUUUUCUGAUGAAUCUUGUGACGGCUAUCAUCUACAAUCAAUUCAGAGGAUACCUAGUGAUGUCAAUCCAGACAUCCAUCGCGAGGAGGCGGCUGGCUAUCAGGGCUGCGUUUGAGCUGCUCCACGGACAGGUCUUCCAGGAACGCAGUCACACUGAGGAAGACACGAGUGAGUGUGUUCUGGUCAAGACUGUUGUGAAGGUGAUGAAGAGGGUGAAAAUAAACGAUUACUACAGAAAAGCCAUCAUCAGGAAAGCCCACCAGUCGUACUGUGGCUACCUUGGCCGGAAAGCUUUCCAGGAGCUGUUUGAUGAGCUGGACAAGGACAGGAUCAAAGAGAUAAUCCUGGUGAAUGAUUCAGAGAAGAAGCUGUCUGAAAGAGAGGACUACUAUUUAGAGACAAUUAACAGUUUCUUCAUUGUCUGCUACCUGCUUGAGAUGGGGCUGAAGAUGGUAGCUUUUGGCCUGAGGGGCUACGUGUCCUACAACAGUAACAUCUUUGAUGGAUCCAUAACACUCCUUCUGCUGGGUCUCCAGAUAUCCAUAUUCGCCACCUAUCGGCUUCCCUUCUCCCAGUGGAACCCGUCCCAUGAAGGCUUGCUGCCUCUGUGGGAGAUGAGCCGGCUCCUCAACAUGCUGAUCAUAUUUCGCUUCCUCAGGAUCAUCCCUAACAUCAAGCUGAUGGCCCUGGUGGCCAGCACCCUAAUGGACCUGGUGAAGAACCUCCGAGCCUUCGCUGGGAUUCUGGUGGUGGUGUAUUACAUGUUUGCGGUGGUUGGAAUCUGGCUCUUCAAAGGGGUCAUCACUGCACCUGCUACUGGGAGUGUGACAAAUGGCUCUGGAACAGGGAAGAUGAGUUCCAACACAACUGUAGUGUGUGGUUCAUACGAGCAGCUGGGAUACUGGUCAAACAACUUUGAUGACUUUGCAUCUGCGCUGGUACUGCUCUACAACAUCAUGGUGGUCAACAACUGGAAUGUAUUUCUAGAUGUCUACUCCCGAUACACCUCUGAGUGGUCAAAGCUGUACUUCAUAGCCUGGUGGCUCACAUCCUCUGUCAUGUGGGCUAACCUGUUCGUGGCAUUUAUUCUGGAGAACUUCAUCUAUAAGUGGGAUCGUAGCCAAAGUCAAUCCAUGUCUGAUGUAAGGAGAGCUGAUGUGGAGACCACAGUCCAGCUGAUGUUCAGGGAGCGGAUGCUCGAGCCAACAGAGGAAGGGUUUGUCUCUCAGCCACUCCAGCAUCCACACCUCCAUCUCACCAUGUGACCUUCUCAAGCUCCGUCACUUUCCUCAGACUCUGUGACAUCAUCACACCAAACGUCUCCUCCGCAUUGUAACAUUUAACUUAAAUAACCCCUUACAGGCAUGAGUAUGUAAUGUGUUGGUGCAGCAUUUUGUCAUAUUUUUUGAAAUAAACU